AUGAGGACUAAGACCGAAUACGUGGAGUUCAAGUUCAGCGGUGUGCCGGGUGAAGCGGGCAUGGACGUGAGGCUUGACUCUCAAGUCAUCCCCAAGAAAGGGAGCUUCAAGUACCUGGGGUCGAUUAUUCAGGGGGAUGGGGAAAUUGACGAGGAUGUCACGCACCAGUGUUGGCCAGUCAAAACUUCUCAUACCCAGAAGAUAAAAGUUGUAGAGAUAAGGAUGCUGAGAUGGAUGUGUGGGCAAACUAAGCUAGAUAAGAUUAAGAAUGAAGAUAUUCGGGUGAAGGUGGGCGUGGCUCCCAUGGAAGAUAAGGUGCGGAAAGCUAGGCUUAGAUGGUUCGGGCACGUGAAGAGGACAAGCCUGGACGCACCGGCAAGGAGGUCUAUUGGCUUCUCUGAAGCAGUGAUUGAUGUUGAAGCUGUGAUCUUCAAUCUUUUUCUAGAUCUCUUUAAUUUGCUUGCUGAUGUUCCAUGGUGGCUUCCACUCCCUUUUGACACACUUGACUAUUAG